AUGAAAGGAAACGUAAAAGGGUUCUAUACGAAACCGAAUCUAAUAUUAAUUUAAUAAAAUAAUAUUAUAGUAUACUCUACCAUCGAUCAUAAGUAUAAAUAGAUUGAAUUAUUAUCGGCGAGGUCUGAUAAAAAUUUUCUUAGUGAACAUAAUUUUACCUCAACUAUAUUGCAAUAAAAUUAAAUAUGUCAGAAACUAAAAUGAGUCGACUUGAAAUAAUAAACUCCGUGCCGUUUGAUGAAUUCUUCAAUGCUGAAAUUCGUAUGUUACGUUACAUGGGACUGUUACAUUUUAAACGUAUAUUUUCAAGUCAAGAAGAAUCUGAAUAUUGGUGGGAAAAAAUCACUCCACUUUUUGGGAUAAUAACACUGUCUCUAAUGCUGUAUUUUUUGACAGUUGCUCUCAUACAAAUUAUAGCUUACGAUAUUACUCUUGCCCCUGAAAUGUUUACGGCAUUACUAUCAGCUUCACUUUGUUGUUUUAAGGCUCUAAGAUGCUGGACACAUAGAAAAGAACUUUUUAAUUUUAUUAGAAAGCUUAAAGUACUUUGGGAGACUGCUUCAUCAAAACAAUUAAUAACAGAACCAAUACUAGAUAGUGUACUUUAUGCCAAAUCAUUAAGAAAUCAAUUAACAGUCGGAUUAUUGUUAUUGGUUGUUACUUAUGGAUUUUCUCCAUAUGUGGUAUUUAUCGACCAUUUUAUCUCUCACAGAGACGAAUAUUUUUUUAAUUUUUCUAUUAUUAUAUACCCCAUCAGUUAUCCUUUUACAGUUAACACUUUUCCCCGGUAUUUUAUAUGUCUCAUUUUUGAACAAACAAUUCUUUUGUUAUGCUACAUAUAUUGGCUUUGUGGAGAUGUCAUGUUUAUGCAAUUAACAACUCAUGUUAGCAUUCAUAGCACGAUAUUAGCGAAUAGACUGCUUAGUCUUAAUGGAACUGCACUCAAUGAUUUUACAAAUAAUAAAAAUCAUGAAGAAUUAACAAACAUUGCAUCGGAACAUCACCAACAGUUUUUAUAUUGCCAAUGGCUCCAAAGAUUUUUCAGUCCAAUUGUCCUUUUUGUCACGUUGAUUAAUGCAGCAAACCUUUGUUUUUCUCUUUUUCGCGUUGACCAAGAAAUCAAUCAGAAGAAUUGGAGCGGUCUUUUAGUGAAUGCAAUACAUUUACUUGCUGUUUUAGGUCAAACAAUUUUGUACUGCAUGCACGCAGAAAUGUUAACUGUUAAGCUUGAAAAUGUUGGUGAAGCCAUUUAUUUCUGUGACUGGACGGGCUCAUCUAAAAAGUUCAAAACAAUGGUUUUAAUGAUCAUGAAACGCGCUCAAAAAGAGUAUAAGUUUACAGUUUAUGGAAUAAUAACUUUCAACCUCAAUCAAUUCACAAAGAUUGUAAACGCAGCUAUGAGCUAUUUUACAUUAUUGAGAAGUUUUGGAUAGUUUACAAUAAUCAAAACUCGAUAGUGAAGACAAAUAUAUGUUUAGUCAGGUCACAAUAGUAAUUAAUAUGCAUUAUAAAUUAACUAAUAUACAAAAUGUU